AAAUAUUGAACAGUCCUCUUAAGAAUUCAUAGGGGAUUUUUUUUUCUUUUUGGAGUAAAUACUUUUCUCGUCAUGAAGACGUUGGCGUUUGUUUUACUUUUUGGAGUACCCUGCUUUGGAUUUGAACCAUUAUCUCCUGACAAGACAUGCCCGAAUUUGACAAUACCAGAGUUCUAUAUGGGCGAUUUCCUUGAUACGUGUAAGGAAGGUCAGACUCCUCACUGUCUACUUGAUGACCAAAACAGACAUGGACGGGUGUGUGUAAAGGUGGAAACCAUCCCCCAAGGAGAAUGUCCGUUUUACAAUACUAAGAAGGGUAAGAUGGAGAGGCGGAAAUGUAUUGGGGAGGAUUGUCCUAAGGAAGAUAUACCGUCCACUGCCGCCGUUCUAUAUAAAGGAUGCUUUCAAGAAUUCAGAUCAAGAGAUGAACUAUGACACCAAAAAGUGAUUCCUGUAUAUGAAAUAAAACACACAUCUGUGUGAAAAACCACAAUGACAUCCCUAAUGUGAACGACAAUCGGUGUGCCAUAACUUUUAUUUGUAAAUGACCUUUUCAAUCGUCUUACUAAAUUCACUUUACUUUGUAGUUUUAUAUAUGAUUAUUGUGAAACUGACAUAACUUUACAGGCUCUUACCUGGAUCCUGUUUUCGUCUUUCUAAUAGUUCUUUAUUUUGUAGAAUGUUGUGUUUAAUAUUGACAUAUCUUCAGUGUGUAUACUCUUAUUUUAAUUUUUUAAAUUUACUUUCAUCUCUCUGACAUAAGGAUCAUAAAUGU